UCUUCUCAUCAGUGCUGCAUGCAGAAAUCGAACGGUGCGCGAGCGAUCUCCGCGACGGCGUGUGAAAUUUUUCCCCCAGGAAAUUGUUCCAUUUAAAAUGAGUAUUCAAUUCUGAUUACGUUUCCCAACCGGCUGAAACGCAACCAAUCAUCGAUAUAUCGCACUGCAUUAGCGAAAACAGUGGUGAAAAUGGCAAACUGCCUGCGAAAUUGUGCCGUCGUUACUUCGACCCGGUUCGCCAAUCCGUUCGGAAGGAUUUUCGUCACCGGACGAUCACUUGCAUCAUCAUCGGCGGUGGCUGCUGCUGUUCCAAAUGUGGACUCAUCGUACGGGAAUACGACGGGGAUCCGACCUCAGGUCCAACCGCUGCGAAUACCGCUGAAUCGGUUUGGAAGCCUGGAAGACUCCAUCCGGAACAAUCCGGCAGCUUACACGCGAUAUUCAAGCCUUAAUUCUCAAUCGCCUGCGGAUCGAUUGCUGGCCGUUUCCAACGAUCAAAAUGACUCAACCCCUGCCAGCAGCAACAGCAACCAACCGUCGGAGGAGCAGCUUCACCGAGUGUACGAUGUGCUGGCCAACACACUGCCGAAGCUGUUCAUCCAACCGCUGGAUUACUCGAUCUACAAUCCAAACCUAAUUUUUGAAAAUAACAUCCGUGGCAUGCGGACCGAGGGUCUGUACCACUACGUUAAGCAGGUUGCACUGCUGCGAACCGUAGGGCAUUUAAAGUUCGCCUAUGUGACGCUCGAAAUCCUGAAGAUCACCAAACACCCGGAGGACAACACCAUCAAGGUCCGGUGGAGGAUAAAGGGAAUCAGCGCGCUGAAGGUCAUGUUCCAGUUCUGGAAGUACAAGCUGUGGAAACUGAAGGAAAUUUUCGCCGAUACGGAAGCCUGGUACGACGGUUUCUCCGUAUUUCACGUCGGCCCCGACGGUCUUAUUUAUAAGCAUGUAGCUGACAAGAUAAUGCCCGACGACGACAAGGUGGUAGAGCCCCCGAAGAAUGUGAUUUCGCCCAAGCUGGCGCUGUUCCUGGGACUGACGGCGGAAAUCAGUCCCAUCGUGGGCCAGCAAUGCUAGGAAUCGUUUGUUGGAUGAGACGGAUUCGCUUAAUGUAGAAUAGUUAGUAAAAGAGUUGACCAAAAAAAUCAACCAACUAAGUCUCGUUAGGUUCUCUUGAGUCCAGGAGGGCUCGUAGCUUCUUUGGCCGGGAGGAUUUUCAUUGUAAAUCGAAUCCUGGUGAAGCUACGAGAUGCUUUGUAUAAUAGAGGAGAUGGGAAUGAAAAGUCCUGCAAAGCGCCGGAUGGAAUGCAGGACUGCUUAUGAAGAAGAAAAUGAA